AAAAAGUGGUGGAACGAAAAACAAAAAAGGCAAACCGGCAAAUACAGGCGGCGAGUCCUACAGAAAACUUUUCACUACACACACUUGAUCUCUGGAUUAAGAUCUUCACAAAGUGUCAUCAUUGAUAUCGCUACAUUCUGUCUUCUACAAACUUUACUUUUACCCAUAACUCUUCUUUGCUAUUCGAAAUUAGCCGACGAGCACCAUGGCAAAGAGCGUCCGGGCGAGUGUUUCCAAGCGCAAUAGAGCUAAACUUCGAGCCACAGUCUUUGGGCCAGCUGUCGAUGCAAGGACUGAAAGACUUUCUGCGAAGCUGCAAGAGCUAGCUUCUCAGCCUCGGCCGAACGAGGAAAAGCCAAGCAUGGAAUUGGAUAAUGCAACCACAGACAACAGCGGCGACAAAGUAACUGGCAAUGUAUUGAAUUCCACUGGAGAGAUGGAUAUCGAUCAAGGAACUGCUAAGGGUGGGCAUGCUCACACCAGGAAAUCUGGACGAAUCCAGAAACGUCAUAAGAAAAGUCGUUCGUCCAUUGUCUUCCGUCCUCACCCAUCAAAGGUUAAAGGAAACUCAAAGAGACGGUGAAACGUGUGGCAUGUUUUGCUUCAUUCGUUGUGAAAUAGUCGGGCUUCUGUUCAUAUAUGGAGUUUGGCGUUCUGUGGGAGAAGUGGCCUAUUAACUACCACUGUUUUAGUUAUUAGUUAUUUUUGUCUUCCUGGGACAUUUCAGGAAAGGGGCAGAACUUUGGAGUCAUGCGAUAGCAUUUGUGGACGCCUUCACGCAUCUGAUCCCCUGUAUUUCAGCCGUAGAAACUUUAACUGGGCGUGGAUCUUGGUUUUGUCAGGGCCGAGUAUGGCUGCAAUGUCAUUUCCAAGCGGAUGCUUGAGACUUCAAGGCUAUAUUCCCUCUGCAUGCACGAGCGUGAUACAAAACUUGUAUGCUAAAGCUACAAAGGAUUAGUAGAUGGAAUAUCAGAUAAAUAGC